GGGAAGGGGCACUUUAGCAAUUCGCGUCAGGUCGCGUCUCCCUCCAUCCCCACGCUUCCAACCCUCCCGCGUCUUUUUCGCGACUCGUGCUCACUGCUGCCUCUGCCAAUCCGCCGCAGCUCAUUGGACCCUGGCCCGACUUGAUACCUUCAAGAUAACCUUGUAUAACCAUCCUCCCUUUGAACAGCAAUACCAUCUGCCUCUCUCCUCUUCUGCGUUGUUCUUUCAAAUUCCAAAUUAUCGCGAUCUCGCUAUCGGCACCUGUAUCGCAGUCGUGCGAUUAGCCAAUGCUCACGUCCCUCGGCCCAUCUUAGAGCGGCUUUGUUCUCUAACUUAACGAGAUUCUGAGGUCCAAAGCCCGCCGAGAAAAUGGCCGCCGACCACCCAAAGGCGGGGAUAUACAGCGCUACGUAUAGCGGUAUUCCUGUCUACGAAUACCAGUUUGGUCCGGACCUUAAGGAGCAUGUGAUGCGCCGCCGAGAAGAUAAUUGGAUCAAUGCAACGCACAUUCUCAAGGCCGCCGGCUUCGACAAGCCCGCCCGGACACGCAUUCUUGAGCGCGACGUGCAAAAAGACAUUCACGAGAAGAUCCAGGGAGGUUACGGGAAAUACCAAGGAACGUGGAUCCCGCUCGAGCACGGCGAGGCGCUGGCCCAGCGCAACAACGUCUACGAGCGGCUGCGGCCCAUCUUCGAAUUUCAGCCCGGCAAUGAGAGCCCGCCGCCCGCGCCGAGACAUGCCAGCAAGCCGAAGGUCCCGAAGGCCCGGCCUGCUGUUCCGAAAUGGGGCAGUAAGUCGCAGAACAAGAACGCAAGCCUCUCUCAAGCCGCCGUCUUCUCACGCCAUCAACAAGGUGCUGCUUUCCAGGAAGACUACGACAACGCGAGCCAGCUAAACGAGGAUGACACCCCGGACAACCUGACGGUUGCCUCGGCGUCCUACAUGGCCGAGGACGACCGCUACGAUAUGUCACAAUACUCGACCGGUCACCGGAAGCGCAAGCGGGAGGAGAUGCUGCAGGACAUGACGGAACAGCAACACGCCAUGUACGGGGACGAAUUGUUAGACUACUUCCUGCUCUCUAGAAACGAGCAGCCUGCGAUUCGCCCCGAUCCCCCGACAAACUUUCAACCCGACUGGCCCAUCGACACAGAACAGCAUACUGCGCUGCACUGGGCGUCCGCAAUGGGCGAUGUCGAGGUGAUCAAGCAGCUGAAGCGGUUCAGCGCCAACCUCGCCUCGCGAAACAUACGGGGGGAAACCCCCUUCAUGCGGUCCGUCAACUUCACAAACUGCUACGAGAAACAGACCUUUCCCAUGGUCAUGAAGGAGCUGUUCAGCACCGUAGACGCGCGGGACGCGUCCGGAUGUACCGUCAUCCACCAUGCUGCCGUCAUGAAGAGCGGGCGUGUCACGAGUCACUCAUGCUCGCGCUACUAUCUCGAGAAUAUCCUCAACAAGCUGCAAGAGACGCGGUCCGCGGACGAACUGCAGCGAUUGUUGGAUGCUCAAGACAAUGACGGCAACACUGCCCUGCACCUGGCGGCAAUGCGGGAUGCCCGCAAGUGCAUUCGGGCGCUGCUCGGCCGGGGAGCAUCAACCGACAUCCCCAAUAACCAGGGCGUCAGGGCUGAGGACCUGAUCAGGGAGCUCAAUGCUUCCAAGUCUAAAGCAGCUCGGGGGGCACCCCAGCGAUCGUCUAGUCCCUUCGCCCCCGACUCCCAGCGGCAUAAUGCGUUCCGCGACGCCGUGGCCGACUCGGACGGCAAGAGACAGGCCAGUUUCCGGAGCGAGGCCGCAAAUACCGUUCAGUCCCGGAUCACCCCUCUUGUCCUGCAGAAGUUCCAAGACCUCGCCCAGAGUUACGAGAACGAGAUCGACGAGAAGGAGGAGGCAGAGAAGGAGGCCAAACGUAUUCUCAUCAACACCCAGGCCGAGCUGGCAAACUUGAGGGCCUCGGUCGCCGACCUUGAAUCUCACCUAGAAGCGGACGAGGCAGCCGCGAAGACGGAAGCCGAAGCCGCCGAAGCGGCUAAGCAGGUGCUCGCCUACCUAACGCAUCAAAAUCGCCUUGCCCUACAAGAGGCCGUCAACAAAGAGCUGGCCACCGUUAACGGCGACAGCAGCAAACCUGCCGACCUGCCCAACGGCCAGCCUGCGGACACAUCCGGCGGCCCUCAGCCGGACGGCGCCACCGCAGACAACGGCACGAAGAAAGACCCAGCAGACGAUGAUCCGCAGGAACGUCUCCGCCUCGCGACCGAGCUGCGGGCCCUCCUUCAGGAACAGCGCCGCGCCGAAGCAGAGUACGUCGAAGCCCGCGGCCUGACCGGCACAGGCGAAAAGAUCGACAAGUACCUGCACCUUCUCAAAUCGUGCCUGCCGCCUGAGGAUCACGAGAUGCUGGAUGAGAAUUUGGAGGACAUGAUCAAGUUGAUGGAGGACGAAGCAGAUGUCACGUCGGCCGGGGCGGCGCCCGCACCAAGUGAGGCCGCCGAAGGGGUGUCCUCGUUGCCCUUGCCGGGGCAGGCGCAGCAGGUGUCGGUGGGGUUGGGUGUGGAGGUGUCGUCUCUGUCAUGAACACGGUGGCCCAGCGAUGUACUUCCAUUGGAGAUGCGUGCACCUUGUUUCCCCCCUCCCCCCCAACCCCCCC